CUCGCGGACAGCAGAAAGCGUUCGUUUGUUUUCGCAUGUGUUCGGUAGUUUCGGUUCUUCUGUGGUGAUUCACGGCUCCUGCAUUGCGUCUCGUUGUGGCAUGCAGCGUGGAACGCCAAAGCAGAGAUCGAUGAAUGGGAUGUCGCCGCUUUAUGUUAUUCCUGUUGCAGUGGUGAAUUACGAUGGCGAGGAAUGUAACGGCACCCUAGAGUCGAGCGCCGAGGAUGAUACAAGGAAGCGAGGAAACAGGUGACGACGCUGCUGUCGAGUCGGGACAUGGGCCAUCGCCACUGCUAGGUCUGAUGGCCAACUUUAGGGCACAGAUAGGCGUCCAGCUUAGCAAGGAUGUUGAAGAUGGAAGACAUCCAAGAAGCUACGAGGAUUCAAAUGAAAACAUGCAAACGAUUAUUGACAUUUUGCUGGACCAGAACGAGCAGCUCAUCACCUGUCUUGCCGAACUAGAAAAUGAAGCUGAAAAAAGAACACAGCAGAUGCAGAAACGCCUCCACUCCACUGCAGAUGUGACAAGGGCAACUGUUUACAAAAUGUGUGCGUGGGGCGAGGAAAUCCAGAGCAUCGUCUCCAAGAGGCACCUUGCCGAAGAAGCAGCUUACGAGUCCAAACGCAUGGUGGCAGAGCUGCAAAAGGAGAACAGCCAGCUCAGAAACUACAAUGACAACCUGUACAGUGAUAUCCAGUCAUUGCUGAGCAUCAUAAAUGUGGCACGUACCACAGGAAACUGGGAGAUGGAUUGUGUAACAUUCUGUGUGAUCUCUCCUGAGGAAGUUUAUGGCCCUAUCUGUCGCCUGUCUUCCCAGCAUGCUGAUGGAGUGACGACCUUGGAUCUGAAACCUGACCCUCUUUUGCAAGGCCCAGAGACUGAGGAAACUGGAGCAGCAACUGGUGCUCCGAGUAAGGUUGGUGGGAAAAAUACAAGCUGUCGAACCAAGUUUUCCACAAACACGCCAGAGGUGUGUGGAGAAGCUGAGGUAAGCCUAAGCAAGAGCCUUCCAUUGCUGUGUGCGACAAUGCAAGACAGCAUGAAUGACCAUGGCAGAAGCGAUAAGCUUCUUAUCCAGCAGAAAAGCAGGUCCUACGAAAGACCCAUCUUGUUUGCUUCAUGGAAAAGAAGAGGCAGGAAAAUGCGAAAGAGCCUCACUCUAAGCAUGUCAAAACGGAAACUGUCAGCACCUGUGCACAACUCGCACUUUGGUCACAAUAUGGCUACUGUAGCCACUACAGCCAGUCGCGAUAGGCUGUAUCAUUGUCCAGCAGAGUACGACGUCAUACAAACUGAAGCUUCCGACACUAGCUUUGAAGUUAUGAGAACACACACAGACCAAUGGCCGAGUGGCGGUAUUCUCAACGAGAAUUUUAUUGUGUCAGCUGUUCAAGAGGGGCCACUUAAGAUGGAUAAAAGAUCCCCCACCAUCAUGACUACCACAAAACCUGUUGCUGAAUGGGAGCAGCAGAGUAACUUAAGUGCAAGUUUGCCUGCACUUUCCUCAGUUUGGGAGGAAAGCAUGGUCAUCCAAGGGACCCAAAACUCCGCUGAGAGCUUCUUGCUUUCCUCAUGGAAAAAAAAAUGUAAGAAUGUACGGCGCCGUCUGGACUUCAACACGUCAAAAAAACUGUAUGCACCUAAGCAGCACUCCCACAACGAGCACUUGGUGGCUACCAUGGUGAAUAGAAAAGAUGUUGAUGACAAAAACUUUACCGAAGUCAGCACUCAGACGCAUGGGGUUGACCCAACUUAUGGAGAAAAGAGUACACAGACUGACCUGCCAAGUACCUACAAGAAGCAUGACCAAAGCGAUGGUUCUUUACCUCUCCACCAUAAGUUGCUACAAACUGAUGAUGCCAACAAAUCGACUGUGAUCAUGGGCACACAGACAGAUGUGGAGUGGGAGAUUUGUCCUCCAAGUGGAAAUGAGCAGAGAGACCAGGAACUGCGCUCGCUGAAAGAUCGGCUCAACCUGGCAGUGCACAACGCUCAGUCAAAGGCGUUACUUUCUCUGGAACUCCAGACACUCCUUGAUGUUUCAACGAAAGAGGUUGAGUUUCGUGACCAAGUCCUCAAAAACCUUGAAACCAAGUUGACCAAUUCAAGGCAAGAAACAGAUAACUUAAAAGAGGAGCUCUUGCAUGUCAAGAUUGAACUGGAGUUUGCCAAGCAGACAGCAGAGAAAGAAAGAGUGGAAAAUGAGCGGUUGAAAGCUGAGGUAAAGAGGUUGAGCCAGACUGUGACGUACCUUCAGGAUGCCCUGGUGGAGCUUAAGAAAAUUAAGGCCCAAAGUUCGGCAGCGUCAUUGCCAAGAGUGCAUGAUGUGUGAUUGGUUUUAUUAAACGUUGUGAUUCAGUCAUGCAGGAUUUUUGGCUUUGGACACUUCCAAAAUCCCUUUUUUGUGUGUGUGUGUGAUUAAAGCUGCCAUAGCAAUAUUUAUUGCAAAAGUGAACCCCCUUUUUUUCCCUGAACGGUUGUGAUUUCAUAUUCGUGCCAUUUAUUUUUCAGCUGCAGCAUUUGCUUGUUAAUGGGGAAUUGCAAAAUUUGUGCUUUGCUUGCAUCGAUGAUGUCACUUGCCCUGUGAUAAAUGGCAAGAUUAUUUCAAAAAGCUCUCUCUCGUUUAGUGUGCAAUGUCAAAAAUUAAAUGAAAUGGUAUUUUUAGGCUAAUAAACAUAACUUUUACUAUGC